UCCAUUAUCUUCAAUUCAUUCCAAAUGGCGCCCGGAUUCCUCUCUCUGGGAUUUCCCAGUUCUCUCAUAUAAUAAUACCACUAACAAUAACUCAAGAAAGAAAAAACAGGCACGCAAACAAACAACAUAAACAGAACCAAAUAAAGAAGCGAAGCACGAAUGAGAAUCGUACGCAGAGAUUUAGUACCCAGUGGACCUGGAAGCGUCAAGAUGGUUCCAGUGGAUUCAGAUGAUCUUUGGUUUGCGUAUAAUCUCAUAGCUCCUGGCGACUCCGUCAUGGCUGUAACUGUUAGCAUACAGAGGAAAAUUCGUGAGCGCAAAUAUGCUGACAGUCAAAAAUGCAGCAGUGUAAAUCAUAGUGGUGGUCCAAUGUGGCUUUCCCGAACAAACUAUGAGCAAUAAUGUUGUCGCAAAUGCAAGCAUUAUUGUAGUCAACGAAAUGAAGAUUAAGGCGAAGCCUAUUGUGAGUCUGUCAGGGAGACUAUAGUGGAAUUCUUCACACGUAUAAGGCUAUGUGAGGAAGAACAAGAACAUUACAAUGGAGGUCAAGGAGCAAGUUAAAGCAAUAGCCUCCAUGACUGUGAAAACCAAGAAGAGAGUGUUGUUGAGGAAAACUGGAAAUCCCUUCUCAUUGGAACCUCCUGGUACAGUGUAGGCAGCUGAGAAGGUCACGAUAGCAACGAGAACAGCCACUGCAGUGCAAGAGUGAGGAGUGUCUUUUCUCCUUUGCUGUGCUCGCUUGAGUAGUUCAUUGUGCUUCGUUUUGAAUAGCUCUUCGCAAGUCUUGUUUUCCUUGUUGUUGCGCAACAUGGCGUAGUGGAAGAGUGUUACCUCCUCUGCACGCUGCAUGUAUAUGGAAACAUAACUUACAUUUAAGCACAUUUAUGAGGUAAAAAUCUUGUAGGAGAAAGAGGGGGCCGAGCUUAUUUUGUACCAGUUUGUCUCAUCCUGGAGUUGUUAUGCAGGUCCUUCAGGGUUAAUUUGUGUAGUCUCUUCCUCCAUGUCCGCAGCAUGGUGUAAAAUGGUGUAGCCAUUUGUGUCAACCUUUUGAACUACCCUUGUCAUUAGUAUUUUCUUAUUUUUCACAUGAUUGAAGAGUGUUGGAGGCUAAA